UUAACAAAGUAACCCAUCUGGGUAGGUUAAGCUCCCUUCGUAGCCUAGUACAGGCCCCUGGCUGCCAAGUUCAGGACCCUCUCUGUAGGCUGCCUCAUCUCCCUUUGAGAUGAGUCUGACCACUGUGGUGUCGUCAGUAGGCUACAUGAGGGAGCUACAUGGCAUCCUCGUCAGUAGGGUGUAGAAACAGUAGGCUACAUGAGGGAGCUACAGCAAGGGCAUCUUCUGUGGACCUGUUUUGUGCAAUAUGCAAACUGAUAGGGGUCGAAGUCUGGGGGGAGCUGAGGGCCACAGGACGAUAAUCAUUUAGGCUGGUGAUGGUCGACUUAUUCGGCACUGGGAUGUGGCUGAUUUUAGGCAGAGCGGGAUGACUGCUUGGGCCAGGGAGAGGUUGAAGAUUCUGGUUAAGAUGACUGCAAGCUGGUGGGCACACGCUCUGAGCACCUUACCUUACUCCGUCUCCGCCGGCAACCUUCCUGGGUUUCACUGCCAGGAGCAUCUGUCUGACAUCGUGCUCCCUCACAGAUGAUGGAAGUUACAUUUAAAUUACAUACAUUUACACUUCUCAAGCAGUGAUCUCACCAUGAAGAUUGAAAUGUAAACAAAAAUUUAAAGUACUUUUAAACCCAUUCUAAACUUUUUUUCGUCGAAUGUCUCUACUCUCUGUUACUCUACCACCUCCAUGUGUCAGAUUUCAGCAGGUGUGUUGAGUGUGUGACGUAAAUCUCUCCAUCUGGCGUCAGAGGCAGGCAGCUUCAGUGGAAGCUUGCUGAAACUAAUGUCAAUAACAGCUAGCUGAUUUGCUACGAGCUGCAUUGGAAUAACGCUACUGAUUACGCACUUACAAUGAACUGGUGAGCAAUCUUACAUGAAGAUAUGUCAUCCAAAACGAACUCAUGGGAUACAAAAUAAGGAAAUUACGCUACGAUUGUGGACAUCAGAAAAUGCACGUUAGGCGAGAAGUCUAACUGGUCUUCCAUGAUGCCUGAACAUCCAUGUGUAACUUGCCUAACUCUAACAUAGCUAGUUUGCAAACUAAUUGGACUUGCUACCUGUGGCCAGCAUUGACGACGGUGAAAACGUGUGAGGGUUGCUAACAUCAACUGUUUUGUAGAUCUGAUGAUCUGUUAUCCUUGAUGGUCAUAGUACAUGGACAUCGUUGACUAUGGCUUGACCUCUGACCCCAUCACCCUGUAAAUCUUUCGGUCUUCAACAACCGCCCGCCGCCGGAGCCAUGUCGUCCCGCGUCCUGCUGCGGCAGCAGCUGAUGAGGGAGCAGGCACAGGAGCAGGAGAGGCGAGAGGCCCAGCAGCAGGCCUCGGUGGCCCAGCUCCGGGCCUCUGACUCCUCCCCUGCUAUCUCUGUCACAGUGCCCCCCUCCGCUGCUCGCCCGUCUCCCGCACAGGUACCUGUGGAGGUGCUCAAGGUGCAGACUCACUUGGAGAAUCCAACAAAAUACCACAUCCAGCAGGCCCAGCGACAGCAGGUCAAGCAGUACCUCUCUACCACUCUUGGGAAUAAAGUAGCAACUCAGACUCUCGGGGUGUCGCCCGUACUCCAGUCCAGCUCGGCCCCCGAGAUGGCCCCGUCUGCGAGCAGUGCCCCUAACAGCCCGAUGGCACUGCUGAAUCUGGGGUCCACCAAGGAGGAGAUUGAUGACGUCAUUGACGACAUCAUCAGCCUUGAGUCCAGUUUCAAUGAUGACAUUAUGUCAUUGAUUGACUCUGGCCUUCAGCUUCCUAAUACGCUACCAGGGAAUCUCCUGGAUGUCUACAGCAGUCCUGGCAUGGCCACUCCCACCAUUACAGUUAGCAACUCCUGUCCAGCAGACCUCCCCAAUAUCAAAACGGAACUGACAGAGGUCGAAGCGAAGGUUCUCAUGAAGGAGAGGCAGAAGAAAGACAACCACAACCUCAUUGAGAGGAGGAGGAGGUUUAACAUCAAUGACCGCAUCAAGGAGCUGGGCUCACUUAUACCCAAAUCCAGUGACCCGGAGAUGCGCUGGAACAAAGGCACCAUCCUGAAGGCCUCGGUGGAGUACAUCCGCAAGCUGCAGAAGGAGCAGCAGCGCGCCAAGGAGGUAGAGAUGAGGCAGAAGAAGCUGGAGCACGCCAACCAGACCCUUCUGAUGCGAAUACAGGAGCUGGAGAUGCAGGCUCGCCUCCAUGGCAUCCCCGGCACCUCCGCACUGGGCCCAGACGCCUCUCUUCAGGCCCAGCAGCAGCAAGGAGUCAACCCCCAGGCCUCCCGUGCGGACCUCCACUCCCAGACGCUCCUGAGCCUGGACGUGGGCUCCAUGGCGCAGGCCUCCUCGUCCUUCCUCUCCCCGCCGCCGUCCGGCUCCCCGGUGGGGGUCACCAUCAGCAGCCCCCUGGACCUCGGCGCGCUGAGCUUCGCCGAACUGGACGACCCCGCCGCCACCUCCCUGUACCCAGACGUGGGGCUGGGGGACAUCCUGAUGGACGAGGACUGUGGCCUGGCGCUGGCCCAGUCCACGGCCGAGCCGCUGUUCUCCGUUUCGCCUGGGGCCUCCAAGAACAGCAGCAGAAGCAGCUUCAGCAUGGAGGAAGACUUGUGACAGAAGCUUGGAGCAGUAGCUGACACAAAGACUGUGUGUGUGUGUGCGUGCGCGUAUGUGUGUGUGUGCGUGUUGAGGGACAGGGUGUAUGUGUACUGUGGUGCUUAUUAUGUCCAUGUUUAACAGAAAUUGCAUGUUUUGUUUUUUAUGUGGUGAGAUCACCUUUUCAGAACCUCGCCACAGCUUACGUUUUCCCAAUGGCAUAGUCAUACAUCACUCCCAAUCAGGUUUAGUAUAAUAAGACAAGGCAUACCUCACAGGCCACACGGAAUAGAUAGUCAGUGGUUCCCUGGAAUGAAAGAUUUUAAUCAGUAAUCAUACAAAAUAUAGCUAAUAUAAUAAAAAGAAAACAGUAGCACAAAUAUGGUUUGUCAGUGUGGAAGAUGUGAUACUAUGAAUAGUGUUUUCAUUUAUUUGUAUUUGAGCAUUCAAAACAGAGAAGGGAAAUCAACCAUCAAAUCAUUGGUUAUUAUGUAUUUUCAUAUGAACACUUAAAAAUUAAGGAUGGGUGAUUCACUAAAAGUUUGUGGGAUGGGUUUGAGGGCUGUGCAAAUAUUGACAUCAGGGUGCAAUACAAGUGAUCAGUGUACUCAACAUGAUAUUUUUUUUUCUGAAACCAAAGGGAUAUUCUAGGGGAACUAUAUUGUUGGUGUCUGUUUUUUAAGAUGUAUUUUUUUCCAGCUUGUAUAUGUAUUGCACCUUAUCUUUUUGCAUCUGUGUUCUUUGAAAUACCUCUCAGCUGUCCGUAGCACUUUAAGCUGGUGUCCACCUCUAAAUGUUUUUUUCCCAGCCUCCUAACCAUUUGUUUGUUAGCCUCAGUGCACACAUUGAACAUUUCUCAGAACUAUAUUUUAGCACCAUUAUUGACUUUCAGAGGAGUUCAAUUUGCAAUAUUGCCUGAGUAAUUUGUGUGCAGUGGAAUAUUUUGUUUUUUCCUGUACCACUCUUGCAUGCUAGCUGUAAGGGUGAUAGGUGUGUGUACUCCCUGGCUUCGCUCAAACAUAAUAAUGACAUGAUUAUAUUAAUUAUGAGUUCUGCUUCUCUACUUCAGCAUAUUAUAUUGUUUCACACAGUAUUUUAGCGUGUCCUGUUGUUUCACCCGUUAACUUAAUUGUAUUGUUGUUUUUGGGAAGCUUUAAUCACUGCUCAGUCACUAACAUCUAUAUACUAGAUAUGUUCAAUAAUCCAGUUGUACAAAAUUAUGACAUUGCGUCCGUAUUCAAUUCAAGAGAUUUUAACAAUGGACUUCAAGCCAAAAUAAAUCAUGAAUGAAUGAUUUUGUGUUCUCAUUUGAAUAGAGUGCCUUUAGUGCAAACCAAGACCAGAGAUACCCAUGCACAAAAUGCACAAAGGGUACAACAAAGCAUGUUGUUGAUGUCAAAAUAGUAGCAGGGUUUCAGAGUGUACAUGUUUAACACAUUGAUUUUUUUUAAAAAUCAGAACACAUCUAAGUAAUAGGUGUUGUUAUUUGUCCAUCAUCAUGGAAUCAUUAUCCACUCUGAAAUGUUAGUAAGGGUUGACUCCUAACAUGUCUGAAAUUGUAUGCAUUACACCACUGUUUUUUCACAAUUUUCAUGAGCAGUUUACUUUCCUGGUUUCAUUUUGAUUUCCAAAUUAAGGGAUGCAAUUACGGUUGUUGUUCUCAGUACUGUAGCACAAACAGUCCAGCUGUUGUUGUGUUUAAAGCUCCAACAUUAGCAGCUCCAUACCAGGAAUGUCAGAUACUCACAGAAUGUAAACAUUUUACUUUUUAAAAAGUUUUAAAGUUUCCUUUGACAACUGUCUUCAUCUGCUGUUUGAACCGGUGUUGUGUUUAGCAUAACAUUAACAAUAUUCUGUGUACUAAUAUGCAAUUGAAUGUGAAAUGUCUCUAGGGAAUCUCACUAGAAUGCUGAGAAUUGCAGUGCUCUAGUGGCUUGUUUAUACUUCUAUUUGCCGUUUGUUUUGAAUGUAUUCUAUCUGGUAGUGCUGAGAACUCCUCACACGAAGAGAAGGGAGAGUGUUCAUGAAUAUGCAUUUUUUAAAAUUACUUUAUGCAAGGACUGCCGGACAAUGCAAAUGCUCCUUUGUUUUAAGGGAAUGUUUUAGAUUAGGUUAAUAGAGUCCCAUGGUGCAUUUUAUAGAAAAGUUAUACAUUUUGUAAUUGUGUCCAUAACCUUCAAAUUAACAAAUCAAAAUAAAUGUCAAGGGAAACCUG